AUGAAGGAACUUUUCAAGGGAAAACGACUUUUCAGGUCAGAGGUUACUGAAAUGGACAGUUCCUCCUCCCAAUCGCUUACAGAGAAAGAUGCGGAUGACCAAUAUGGCUCAAUACACAGACAAUUGGAGACAAGACAUGUCCAAUUGAUUUCGAUUGGUGGAUCGAUUGGAACAGGGUUGUUUGUAACAAUUGGAACAGGUCUAAUUACAGGUGGCCCAUUAGGACUUUUCCUAGCGUAUUGUUUCUGGACAACUGUUGUUGGUAUAUUGAUUACAGCGGUGGGAGAAUUCGUGUGUUACUUACCUAUUGCCUCACCGUUCGUCGCUAUGGCAGGAAGAUGUGUUGAUGAAGCUUUAGAAUGUUGCGCAGGUUGGAACUUCUUUAUAGCGCAAGCCUUGUCUAUUCCUUUCGAAAUUACUGCGGUGAAUUCAAUGAUACAUUUUUGGAGAGACGAUUAUAGUCCUGCAAUUACACUUUGCAUUGAGAUUUUCAUUUAUGCUUUUCUAAAUGUAUUCGCCGUUUCUUAUUAUGGGGAGUCUGAGUUUUGGUUGUCUAUUGGAAAGUUAGUGCUUUGUAUUGGGUUGAUUUUCUUUACAUUCAUUACAAUGUGCGGAGGUAAUCCACAACAUGAUGCUUUUGGAUUUAGGAACUGGAACGUUUCAGGGGGUCCCUUUGCUGAAUAUAUUACUACAGGUAGCCUAGGAAAGUUUGAGGGAUUUCUUGGAGCAUUACUUGGGCUGGCUUGUUUCACGGUCGUCGGUGUUGAAUAUAUGUCUAUGGUAGCUGCCGAGGCCAAAAAUCCAAGAAAGACUAUGGUGACGGCAUUCAAGACCGUCUCAGUGAGAUUAGUGUUGUUUUUUAUUUUGGGCUCUUUGUCAGUCACUAUCCUCGUUGCCUACAAUGACCCAUAUUUUGUCAAAAUGUCUUCAGCAGCAUCAAAUGCUGCUGCUUCACCUUACGUUAUCGCCAUGCAAAAUAUGGGUAUUAAAGUGCUCCCAAGCAUUGUGAACGCGUUAGUGUUAAGUUCUGCAUUCUCAACUGGAAAUUCAUGUACUUAUUGCUCAUCAAGGGCCCUUUAUGGAUUAGCUAAAAGAGGGUUUGCUCCCAAAUUCUUAAGAAAGUGUACGGAAAGGGGUGUGCCAAUUUACUGUGUGGCAAUAGCGUGUUGUUUUUCUCUAUUAAGUUUGUUGCAACUAGGCUCCACAAGUCAGAAGGCAUUAUCUUAUAUGGUCAAUUUGUGUACGGGUUCAUUUGUGAUCAACUAUGCUUUCAUGUCCGUUACAUACAUAGGCUUUUAUAGAGCUUGCAAAGCUCAAAACAUUGAUAGAAAGAGUUUUAACUAUGUAUCGUGGGGCCAACCCUAUACGACAUAUGUUGCAUGCUUCUUUUUUUGGAUUGUUGUCGGGAUAUUAGGUUACUCCGUUUUUAUUCCUGGUAGAUGGGCAGUGGACACUUUUCUAUUCUCAUAUUUAAUGGUCUUCAUCAAUAUUGCCAUCUUUACAUUUUGGAAAGUGUUUAAGAAAACUAAAUUGGUCAAACCGGAAGAAGCAGAUUUGAAAUCUGGUUUAGAAGAAAUUGAAGAACACGAAUAUCAAUAUUAUGCUGAAUUGGAGGCGAAAGGAAAGAGCGAUGAUGGAAUCUUCAAGAAAUUGUUCUCCUGGGUUUUAUAG